AUGGAUUCCUCAAUUUUGGAUGUGGAAAUCGACGAGACCAUGGAUGUGCCUGAAAUGUGUUUAAAGGAGAUUGCAGAUAUUAAAUGGAUGAAGGAAGAUGAUGGUAAUAUGUGUGGGGUAGGGCACAGCAUAAACAAUAAAGAUGCGAGGCCUAAUUGGAAGGUCCAUGCAUUUAAGGCUAAGAGCACUAGGCCUCGCAAGAAAGGAGAAAACUUGCAAUUUUCCAAGUCCUGUUUUUCCCAUGUUUAUGCUGAAACCUUAAUACUAAAAAAAAUGGGCUUGACUAUGGGAACUUGUGCUGAAACAGGCAUCAAGAAAAAGGGAAACCAAAGACAGAUUUUCCGACAGUCACUGGCAGAAGAAGUGGCAGAGGGGGGGAGAAUCGCUCCAGGGAUGUCUAAAAUUCAGAUCACCCACUAUUUGCCGGAUACAAAGUUGAAAACUUCAACGUUUAGAAACCAACCUCAAGUAAAAAAGAUCAACCCUUUAAAGUACACCGUACAUUUUAUUUCCGUUCUGGAGCGUAUGGCCUUGGCUGAAAUGGGUAGAUAUUUUUAA